UAAAAUGAGGAGAUCAAACACAAAGAAAGGAAGAAAUCCAAAUCCAAUAAUCUCUCUUUUCUUUUGACUUUGAAAUCCUUUUACUAUCAUCAAAUGCGGCCUUAGCUGUCUUCUUGCUUCUACACCAGAAAACACUGCGCCACGUAACACCUUUUUAAAUCCAAAUCUCUCCAAGAUUCCUCAUUUUCAACCAUGGCUACUCCAAACCUCAAGCUUCCAUGGCUCCCCCUCUUCUUCUUCUUCUUCUUCCUUUUUCCCACCUUUAUUCUCUCAGAACUCUGCAACCCAAAUGACAAAAAAGUCCUCCUCAAAAUCAAACAAUCCCUCAACAACCCCUACAUCCUCACACUUCCCUGGCCGGAAUGGAUUUCAACGUCAUCGAUUUGUCAAGAAACAAGCUCCAAGGCGACGCCUCCAUGAUUUUCGGCGCGAACAAGACGACCCAGAUCGUGGAUUUGUCGAGGAAUCUGCUGGAGUUCAAUUUGACGGCGGUUGUGUUUCCGCAGAGCCUGACUUCGCUGGAUCUGAAUCAUAACAAGAUCUUUGGGGGGAUUCCGCCGGAGAUGACGAAAUUGAGUUUGCAGUAUUUGAACGUGAGUUAUAAUAGGCUGUGUGGCGAGAUUCCGGUGGGGGGGCAGUUGCAGAGCUUCGAUGUUUAUGAGUAUUUUCAUAAUAAGUGUUUGUGCGGCGCACCGCUUGGUAGCUGCAAAUAAUGAUGGACUUUUGUUAUCUCAAUCUUGUGUAUUGUGCAAUCUUUAAUAUUAAAUAAAGUUUGGUCAUUUGAAAAAUUUGUUCA